CCCUCUCGUGAAAACUGCUACGAAACGCUUCGCCAAUAUGCUGCGAACGAUUCGGAAUACGUACUACCCUACCCACUGGAUACACGCGUCGUAGUCUGCAAAGCACCCGACCGAAUUGCUCGCACUACAUUUUUGGCGAAGCAUAACCCUCUUUUUUAAGUUGAAGUUUUGCAGCUAGCACGACCCUCGCGACCCACCUCGCUCCGUCGGCCGCCCCGGGGGAUAUCCCCCAGCCCCUCCGGGCAAAGGCUCCCGGCCCGGGCCAUCCCCGGCACAGCGCAGCACCCCGGGUGACUCUGCUCUGAAGAUCACACGCACGGAGGCGAGGCGGACCCGACCCGAGUCAGUUCAGUCAGUAGUCUCAGUCGGGCUGCAGCAGCUGUCGGCAGGGGUCAGUGACUGACCGUCAGUCAGUUGGCUGACCGGCGCGGCGCAAGCUGGACGCGUUCGUCAAGUGCGGCUCACCUGGCCGUAGAGUGACCGGGACCCGACACCACCCGACCACAGACACUCCUGGCGGACAUCACCAUGCCGAUUCAAUGCGAUGUUUGCGGGCAGAAGGCUGCGACGAAGUACAAACUCGCCGUCCACAUGAGGAAACACACUGGAGAGAGGCCUUACGGGUGUAACGAGUGCGACUACAGGAGCGCCACGAAAGGAGUUUUGAAUAAUCACCUCCGCACCCACACCGGGGAGAAGCCCUUCGGGUGUGCGGUGUGCGACAAGAGGUACGCGGAUCGCGGGAGCCUGAGCGCACACCUUAGGGGGCACAAGGGAGAAAAGCCCUACGAGUGCUCUCUGUGCGACAAGAGAUUCACGGCACUCAGCAGCAUGAAAGCGCACAAACUUCGCAUGCACGCCGGGCCGCCAUUCGAGUGUGGUUUGUGCAACGCGGAGUUUUCAGACAGAGGCCAGCUGCGCUCACACCGCCUCACUCACGCCAGUGCCAAACCCUUCGAGUGUACGGUCUGCGACAAGAAGUUUGUGUCCACUGGCGGUCUGCGAGCGCACCUCACCAGCCACACGGGCGAGAAGCCUUACGAGUGCGCGUUGUGUGACAAGAAGUUUACGCAAUCCAGCAAUCUGCGAACCCACCUUCACGUGCACACGGGACAAGAGCAGUAUAAACAUGAAUGCUCUGUAUGCAACAGGAAGUGGCCGAGCAGAAGUGCUCUUGGCAUACACAUGCGCACCCACACUGGAGAAAAGCCCUUCGAGUGCGGUGUGUGCAAAAAGGCAUUUGCUGUAAAAUUCAAACUGAAAACUCAUCUCCGAACGCACACUGGGGAGAAGCCGUUCGAGUGUGUCGUGUGCGACAAGAAGUUUUCGCAAAGCAGUCAUUUACGCACACAUCAGCGAACCCACACGGGAGACAGGCCUCACGAGUGCACCGAGUGCCACAAGAAGUUCGUGAGCAGCGAAUCUCUAGCUUAUCACAUCCUCACCCACACCGGAGAAAAGCCCUUCGAGUGCGCCGUGUGUCACAGGCGGUUCAGGCAAGAAUCGUAUCUCCGCACACAUGUCCGGACUCACACCGGGGAGAGCAAGUCCGAGUUAUUUGAGUGCACGGAGUGCGACUUUAAGUGUUUGAAGGCAGACUCUCUGCGUUCCCAUCUUCGCACUCACACGGGAGAGAAGCCCUUCGAGUGCCCGGUGUGCCGCAAGAAGUUUGCACACGGCAACACGCUGACUAUGCACAUCCGCUGUACGCACACGGAAGAGAGGCCUUACGAGUGCACGGAUUGCGGCAAGAGGUUUGUGGCGAGGGGCUAUCUAGCUCUGCACCGCCGCGUCCACACCGGAGAAAGGGCCUUCGAGUGCACCGAGUGCCGCAAGGGAUUCGGGCGCCAGUCGCAUCUCCGCAUGCAUCUCCUGGUCCACACCGGAGAGAGGAAGUUCGAGUGCUCGGAGUGCGACGUCAAGUGUGUGAAUGGCAGCCAUCUGCGGAGCCAUCUCAGAACUCAAACGGGAGAGAAGCCCUUCGAGUGCGCCGUGUGCCACAAGAAGUUUGCAGAGAGAAGUGGAGUGAGCCGGCAUCUUCGCACCCACACGGGAGAGAAGCCUUACAAGUGCACCGAGUGCGGCAAGGCAUUCGCCCAGCUGGGCAACAUGAUGACCCACCUCCGGAGGCAUUUACUAUAGAUACCCAUACCGUGGUUGGUGGCGCGCUCUGAAAUAAAUGACUACACCUUUCACAUUUUCUCCAUUGGCUUUGUUUAUUUUUGUACGUUCAAAUUGUAUUCUAAAUGAUUAAAAUUAGACAUGAACCAGUAGA